AUGAUCACUUGGUGCCAUAGAGAGGACUUCGUCAGAGAUGGGAAGAAGAGGAGACGACAGAAGAAGAGGAGAUGGCUGAUGAAGAAGACUCGACUACGUGAGCCAGAGUAUGAGAUUGGAUUUCCAAGAGUACUAGAGCUUGUUAAGGAGUGUAAAAACAGAGGCUCCUGGUCAAAGUUGAUGCAAACGUUGCAACUGCUCGUUUGUCUUUUUAUUUGGGUUUGGGAACUUGAGUUGGAAACCAGAUUUUCUAUGUCAGCAUUGGUUUGGAUGAUGUAUGUAUGCUUGAUCCAAAUACUAGCUGAACUUUUGAGAAUAUAUCCUUUGAGAACAUCACAAGAUGCGAAGGUGGACAAGGCAGAGAAGCUUAAUGGAGGAAGAGGUAGCAAAAGUGGUGGGUCGUUAGCAGAGGGGACACUAGGUUUAGAGUGGAGAAGGUCCAAGCUCUGGUGUGUGACUGGAAGAUGGAGACAACGUUGGAGUUCUCACGGUGUUGGUCGUGUGAAGGACAACCAAGCAAGGUUAAACCAGCGUCAGAAAUGGAGGGGGUUCAAGUCACCAGCGGAGGAACCACCAAGUUGGAAGAGAAAGGGGGCAGAGAGGGCCUUUGGUACAAAUGCAUGCAACGCUAGGAAAGUGAAAAACCAUGCCAAUGCGAGACCCUGGUUCAGAUGGUGUACCACACAGUACUUGAGUACACGGAGGAGUUCCUGGAUAAGGAACAAGCCAAAAAUUGCAGAGGAGUGGUGCCGGUGGCGAAAGGCAGGACUCCGUAAGGUUAUUCGGGAAGAACUGGAUGGGGCCAUGGAACCUUUGGAGUUUGUUUUAGUGGUGAUGAUGGGGGUCAAGCUAUGGCCGUAG